AUGGCCCAGGACAAUGCAACUCAGGGAAUUUUACCAGACAUUGAAGAACGACUUGCAGCCUUUGGCUGGUACCAAGCAAGCAAUAUACCCUCAACUGAACAUCAUCGUAACGAACUUCUCCGCUCCAUAAACGUCGCUUUCGGUCUUAAUGCCGAUAGGAACUUGAUUUGGGCGAAUGACGAUUGCUACCUAUGGCUUUUUACUUGCAAUGGAUCCUUUUAUGUCACAAAUCUCGAUCACGAAUUUGUCGCUCUCGUUGCUGAUGAUUGGAGCACCACUCUGGAUAACCUCUUACAAGAAGCCCACGCUUAUGACGGACCUGUUAGAAUGACUGGAAAGGCUUACGAUCGCACGGCAGCUGACGAAUCGGACUUAUUGGAGGAAUGGUAUGAGAAAAACGCACUCGGUGGGGGCAUUUGA